GUCAGCAGGACGUCGUAGAUCAAUGAACUGAACUGAGUUUUCUGCCAGGGUUGGACAACGCUUUGGUAGUAUUAAACCAUAUAGUCUACGCAGUGUAGCCUAUGUCAGGUAGCCUACAGAUGUGACAACGCGACAAGGAAAUUUGGAUCAUAAUCGAAAACGGAAAUACCGGAGUUUAUUUUUUAACCCGGUCGAUAUGCGGAUUUUUUCCAAAUAAACCCACUGGAUUCUAAUAAACGGGUCCGCAUGUAGCUUUAUCCGAUAGUUUUUUUUGUUGGGAAACAAGAUUUUUAUCUCGGAAUAACUGGAUUAGGCUAUCCAGGAUGAUCUUUGCAAAUACUGCCAACCCGUUGAAGAGCACAUAUCGGAAGCAGUCGUACCCCAUGGCUCCAGCCAGCCCCAGCACGGUGAGCACCAGCAGCAACAGCAGCACCACAGGAUGGGACCAACUCAGCAAAACGAACCUGUACAUCCGCGGCUUGCCCCCAGCAACCACUGACCUGGACCUGGUCAAGCUCUGUCAGCCAUACGGCAAGAUCGUAUCGGCAAAGGCUAUCCUCGAUAAAACAACUAACAAAUGUAAAGGGUAUGGUUUUGUGGACUUUGACAGCCCUGCUGCAGCACAGAAGGCGGUCCAUGCUCUGAAGACCAGUGGGAUACAAGCCCAGAUGGCUAAGCAGCAACAGGAGCAGGACCCCACCAACCUGUACAUCUCCAACCUGCCUGUGUCUGUAGAUGAGCAGGAACUGGAGGGCCUGCUGAGACCUUUUGGACAGGUCAUCUCCACACGCGUCCUCAGAGACUACAGCGGGGCCAGCAGAGGGGUCGGCUUCGCCAGGAUGGAGUCCAAGGAGAUGUGUAACUCAGUCAUAACCCACUUCAAUGGGAAGUUUAUCAAGACGGCGCCUGGAACUAUGGCUCCAUCUGAGCCCCUGCUGUGUAAGUUUGCUGAUGGUCAGAGGAAGAGGCACAGCCACAGUCCCUACAUUCCCGGCGGUCGCACAUGGCCCCGAGAGGGAGAGCUCAGACUUGGCGGGAUGACUCUCACCUACGACCCCACCUCAGCUGCUAUGCAGAACGGCUACUAUGCCUCUCCCUACACCCUGACGGCCAAUAGGAUGAUGGCUCAGCAAGCCAUGUCUCCCUACAUGUCUCCUGUCACCUCCUACCAGGUACAGAAUCCUUCCUGGAUGGCCCACCAGCCAUACAUCAUGCAACACCCGCAGGCUGUAAUGUCACCCUCUAUGGACCACUCCAUGUCAAUGCAGCCCACUGCCAUCAUGACACAGCAGAUGGGCCAUCUGUCAUUGGGCAGCAGUGGAGCGCAGUAUAUUUCAGCCAACGCUGCAGUCCAGGCAGCCUAUAUCCCUCAGUACGCCCACAUGCAGCAGACAGCCGUAAGUUCUGAGUUUGUCCCUCUUCAGGAAAAUGGUUCACAGCAGCAAGUGGAUUCGUCCAACAAUUCGUCUCCCUACAGUCAACAGAGCAAGUAACGAUAAGGUGACUUCUGUGAGCAGUAAUGGAUGCUGUGGGCACUGACUCAUGAUGUCACAGCCUCUCCUGAUUGGACCAGACCAGACUUCAGUAAGAACUCUUUUGCACAGCUUCAACCAAACAACUGUGUAUGAUGGAACCAACAGCAAUGAUACUAUGGUGUGUAAAACGACGAUAAAGGUGUAAAAAUGGACAAAACCAACAAUUAUUCCCCCCUUCAAAACAGGAAAAAAUAAGUUUUAUUUUGAUAAACGAAAAGACGUGUAUUUUUUACCACGGAUUCUCCAAGUGGAUGCAAUGGGGCAAGUAGCCUACAGCGUGAUGUUAAAAGAUGCAUGAGAUUGUUUUUGUUUUUUUAAGAAUCUGUUGAUUUCCAAUGGGUUUAAUAGGUAGUUUAUUAGUCAAGAUAUAUUAUGAAAAAGAUGUUGCUUGCAAAAAGUGUUCAUUUGGUGAGGUGUUACUGGUUUAUAUUUUUGGUCUUUAUAAGAUAUUUUCUUUGAAAUUAGGCUUUUAGGGUUAAUGUCUGACAUGAUUUUCUGUAUCAGAUUAAAUAUGUAGGAUUGGCCGUUUGGCAGUUGUCAAUCAAUCUAUGGAUAGAGAACUGAUGAAGAAGCAGACAUUUUGCCAAAUAGAUGAUGGGUUGGAUAAUGUGCCUUCCUCUAACAUCAUAAUAGUCAUUGAACAUAGCCUGGCAGAAUCCAAACUGAUUCACUGUUUCACUUCAUUGUGAUCACAGUAUUCAGUCUGGUCUAACCAGGCUACAUUAAAAAGAACACCCACUCUUAAUUAGAACUACUGUCAGUCCAUAGGAAGUUCUCUUUAGAUUUGACAGUGUAGGUGUCUUGUUUUAAUUUGUCAUAUUUCACACACAACCAGGGAUGUGGACCUCCAUCAAAUGCUACACGUACUGAUCUCAUCUCCCCAACUAAGACAAUAUAGCCUACAAUCGAAAUAAAAAGCACAGACAGAUUUAAAAGAAGUGCAAGCUUGAAAUUGUGAGGUAACAUCAAGACGGUUUUAUUUUUUCUCUGCUAUUUUUUACUUCUACAGAUACAGUAAUAUUAAUAAAAAAUGCUUAACUUUAAUGAUGAAAUUACAAUCUGUUUUACUUUACGCUAAAUUGAUGGGGUUGUCUUGAAAGAAAAUACACAUUUUUGCUCUAAUGGUCAUCUUGACCAUGUGUGGUCAUGUGUGACUGGUUUUAUCUACCUCAGAGUUCUGUCUGGGCUGGUAUGGUUGGGUUUGCAGGUCCAGCCCGCCUCACCAGA